AGCUUGAUCGAAAAUGUCUAAUCUGUUUAAUUUAAUUCCGUCUUGCCAUUUAUAAUUUUACUUACUAAACAGAGCAUUUGAUUUCUUGUUCUUUAGUAGUUUUUGUUCUUUUUACUGGGGAAUUAAAUUUGUAGGUUUUGUCUGAAUGUAUUACUGUUAGUUAUUCUUACUAGUAAAACUGUUUGUUUGCUUGUGUCUGUAAUUGAGGUUGUUUGAACUGAAGUAGGAUGAACAGUGUGUAAUUUAAUUGGAUUAGCAUUAUAUAUCUGUGUUUAGCUAUAUUUAUUGCUUAUAUGAUUACAGCUUAAAUGUGAUUAAUGAGUAAAAAUCAGCUCAUGGAAAUGUUAUUUUAAGUUUUUGCUUGAAAGGUGAUUGAAUUCCAUCUUUUAAUUUAAGUAAUAUCUAGUGGCGGAACCACAAAUUUUUAUGAUCAAACGCUAGGUCAUUCGGCUAUUUUUAGUUUUGUUAGACCAAACGACAUGCCUUUUGGCUCAUAUUUUUUAAAAAAUGCUAUCCUCUUUGAAAUAAUUCUUCAGUACUUGUGGAUCUCUGACAUUUCGGAACCAGUCGCCCCACCCCAGUUCGUUAAUAUCGUUGGUUUGUAUAUAGUCAUGAUUGGAUUUGGAACUAUGUUUAUCAGCAAUGUAACUGUGAGAAACUGGCAUUAUUUUCAGCAACAGAUUCAAUUUUUAUAUAAUGUGAAUCAACAAAUGAGUGUGCUGUUUCUUUCAUUUAUGUGUGCACAGUUACUUGAGAUUGGAGUUAUGCCAGCUGAAUCUGAUAAGUGGGGAUGGGAGCAUGUUAGUGUUUUUGGUGGAUUUGAUAGGGGAAGUGGUACAAAAAGGUGGAAAUGUAACCAUUGUAAUCUGCGUUAUAAUGGGUCUUAUUCACGUGUUAGAGCGCACCUUCUUGGGUUUUCAGGUGUUGGAGUCAAGAGUUGUCCUGCGAUAGAUAGAUCUCUACGAGAAGCAUUUCAGAUCCUAGAGGAGGAACGCUUAGUGAGGAAAAAGAAGAAGAACACUUCAAAUGGGAAACCUAGUAAGCGUAUUCGAUCUUCUUUGCAGACCAGUCUUUCUUGGAAAACUAUCAGCAAAGAAGAUGUAGAUGAUAUAGUAGCCAGAUUUUUUUACGCAGACGGAUUGAAUGUUGAUAUAGUUAAUUCGCCUUAUUUUCAUGAAAUGGUUAAAGCAAUUGGUGCUUUUGGGUUUGGUUAUGAACCCCCAUCUAUAGAUAAGCUUUCUGAUUCUUUUUUAGGUAAGGAAAAGGGAAGGAUUGUGAAGUCAAUAGCUCUAGUUCGAGAGUCCUGGCCGCAUACCGGGUGCACGAUUCUUUGUGUAGGUCGGUUAGAUGGUGCAGUUGGCAACUUCCAUGUUAAUAUAUUUGUCUCAAGUCCAAGGGGGCUUAUAUUUUUGAAGGCAGUAGAUGUAGAUGAUUGUGAUGAUGGAGACCAUGUAUUGAGUGGCGCUUUAAGUGAUGCAGUAUCGGAAGUUGGACCGUCAAAUGUUCUUCAGAUUAUCUCACAUCUAGAUGAUGCAUGGAAAUCAACCGAAUCAUAUAUAUUGUCAAAGUUCCCUCAUAUAUUCUGGUCUCCUUGCACUUCACGUUCUAUACUCAUGUUGAUGGAAGAAAUAGCUGAAAUGGAAUGGGUAAAACCAAUUAUCUUGUGUUCUAAGGCAAUAGAACAAUGGAUGACGACAUAUCAGCAUGGUACUUCGUGUAUAUUUUUUCAGUCUCUGAAGGAGAGCUGUGAUCUAAUUUCUGCUAAGUUUGCACCUUCCUAUUUGUUUGUUCAGAGAAUUUUUGAGCUAAGGCAAACUCUUCAAGAGGUUGUUGUUAGUGAAGAGUGGAAGCAAUGGAAGCUCAGUAUCGCCGAGGAUGUUGAAAGUGUUGAAUCAGCCAUUUUAGGGGAUGAUUUCUGGAGCAAAUCUCAUUUGUUGCUAGAGUUAUAUGAGCCAUUUAUAAGAUUGUUAGGUGUGCUUGAUAUUGAUAAAUCUAUUAUUGGUGCUGUUUAUGAUUGGCGGGUUCAGGCACUUGAAAUCGUAAAGAGUAAGGCAAUUGAUGAUGACAUAUUGAAUCAGUUGGAAGGACUGAUUGAGAACAAAUGGGAUCUGUUGUUUUCGCCUCUUCAUGCUGCAGGGUACAUAUUGAAUCCUCGAUAUAUCGGAAAAUUUCAAACUAAAGAUAAAUCUGUAAUGCGGGGCUGGAAAGCAACUCUAGAAAGAUACGAGAGUGAAAGCACAGUUAGACGUUUGCUCAGAGAGCAGCUCAGCGCAUACUGGCGUCUUGAAGGCUCUUUAGGGGAAGAAGAUGCGGUGGAUUGCCGGGAUAAAAUGGACCCAGUUGCAUGGUGGGAGAAUUUUGGUUUUGAAACCCCAAAUUUACAGACACUAGCCAUUAAAGUUCUUAGUCAGGUUUCAAGUGUUGCAAUGUGUCGAGAGAUUUGGCAAACAAACGAUUCCUCAUGUCGAGAAGCUGCAAACAAUUUAGGAGUGCAGAGAGUAGAAGAACUUGUUUUUGUUAGAAACAAUCUUAGACUUCAUUGCCAAAAAAGCUACAACUUAAGCUCAUCUCCUAGCCAGAGAAAUAUUAUCUCAAGCUCUUCUUCUGGAAUUAAGACAUGGGAUAAUUGUUAUCUUGAUUAUACAAAAGCAAUUGUAGAUAUCCAUGACCGGAUGUGACAUCGCAGUCGCUACUUGUAACUUGUUGCCAAUAUAGCACAUACACGGAUAUGGUUAAACAUGAUACUUGGACAGAGUCACGGAGAAAUGGUGUUAUUUUAAGGUUUCUUAUGUUAAAAAUGAAGUUUCCUAUCCGAAAUGUUAUCCUAUCCGAAACGCUAAAUUUCCUUUCCGAAAUGCUAAGUUUCCGACUCAUUUCCAAAACGAAAAACUUUGAUUGAAUGAAGUGUUUGUGCUUAGCUUGUUGCUUUGCUGGAUAGAGGCUAAUGGAUUUUCGAGAGUACUGACUUGCAAGUGAGCUGCAUGGUAAUCAAAACCUUUGCUGGAGUCGAUUGAGGUUAGUAAUGUGUUUCUCUUACAUGUACAUAUAUAUAUGGCAUAGUGUAUGAACUCUCUAUAUGUACCUUAAAUAAUGCAUGUAUAUUAUCUAUGUUCUACCUGAA